AUGUCGUUUGUGAUCACUCUGCGCCAGUGGGAUGAAGCAGUGGCUUAUGUGGAGAAAGGUGACCCGGCCUCUGCUCUCAGAACUUUCAUGAACAUUGAGGAGAAAAUCUCAAAAAUUAAUUACAACAUUGGAUGGCUUCACCUGAACAACAAUGAACUGGAUGCUGCUGAAAAGGCUUUUGACAGUAGCAUUGGCAAAGAUGAACAUCUGGCUGUUGCUUUUUUUCAAAGGGGAGUUACAUUCUUUAAAAAGGAAAGGUUUGAGGAAUCACUCAUGGAUUUCCAACAAGCUUUUAAGGAGUUGAGAGGGAAUCAGCUGAUAGACUACAAACCCCUAGGACUGAUGUAUAAACUUUAUGCCUGUGAGGUAUUGCACAAUAUUGGACUUGUUCAUGCCCAGCUGGGGAAAUGGGAGAAAGCCCAAGAAAACCUUCUCACAGCUCUUAAUCUCGGUACAGAGGCCAAAUUCAGUCACAUCGACAAGGCUCUGGAAUCUAUUCUGAAGCAGAAGCUUUUUCCUUUAGUAGUGAUUCGAGGUGAGCUGCUGUUCAAACCCAAUAAGCACUAUGUGGCAGAGCUGGAGAAAAAGGACUACCUUGGAAAGGCCAAGGUCAUAUCUUCUGUUGUUCCUGCUGAUAAUUUCUCAGGCUUUGCCCCUCUGCAGCCACAAGUUGAAGAUGUACCACUUACGCCCAAGGCACCUGAAGUGCUAAGAGCACUUGAAGGUGAACCUCACACUGUUCUGUACGAGUUUAUUCCUGAGACCAAAGAGGAAUUAGCUGUGUUACCAGGCAACGUGGUUUUUGUUCUUCAAAGAGGGACUGACAACUGGGCUUCUGUUAUUUUCAAUGAAAGGAGAGGGUUAGUUCCAUACAAUUUUUUGGAACCUUUGGAUAUUACUAUGGCAUCAAAAACUGUUCAGGUUGCAUCACCAAUCAUCACUGAUGAAAUCCCAGCUCCACCCAGAAGAGCAGCACCCAGUAAACCUAUAAGUAAUGCAGGUGGUGAUGCUGCCAAGACAAAGAGUAAGGAUGCUGGAGAUUCCUCGUGCUGUAUUGUGAAAGUGCACUUCCUGUUUACCAUAACCUUCUGUAUUGCACCAGGACAGCCAUAUAAAGCCAUCCUUCAGAUGAUAAGUACUAAACUCCAGCGAGCUGCCUCUGAGCUCACACUAACCUACACUAAGCCUGGCUGUUCAGAAAGAGUGACUGUUGACGAGUCAGAGAUGGACGUUCUGUGGAGCUGUGUAAAGAACAAUCGCCUCACACUGUGGUGUUCGGCCACUGAGCACAAAACUGUUACUCAAAAAAGAGACAUGGUGGCUCUGUACUCCUACAAAGCCUCCAAAACUGAAGAUCUAGAGUUUUCCCAAGGUGAUGUCAUCACUGUCCUCUCAGAAGUUAAUGGAGAGUGGCUGGAAGGGGAGUGUAAUGGAAGGAGUGGUAUUUUUCCAGCAGCUUUUGUUGUAUGUCAUGAAGAGAACCAAUAGACAGGAGGAUUUUAGGAAACUGAUGAAGACAAGUUACACACAUGCCCCUGUCCCAGCUUUUGGAAUGUGUUGCAGUCAUCAGAUUUAGAAUGAGCACAUAUUUUAAACUAAAUAAAUAAAACUGUUCAGUUGAAACAUUAAAUAUUUUGUCUUUGUACUGUUUUAAAUUGAAUACAGGUCAAUAAGAU